AUGGCAGGGGAAGAGCAUUCAUUAGCCGUCCUCCUGCGAGCGCUGCAAGGUCUCGCACCGAAAGACUUCCAGGAGUUUAAGACGAAGUUAUCGGAGGUUCACGUGGAAGGAGGAUGGAAUAUCCCCAAGGAUUCGCUGGCGAAGGCCGCCCACCCUUGCGCGCUUGUCAGCUGCAUGGGCAAGACCUACAGCGAAGACGCCGCGAUGGACAUCGCGAUCGGGCUGCUUGAAGAGAUGAACCAGAGAGACCUGGCUGAGAAACUCCUGGAUGGGCAGGUGAAAGAGUACAAGCGGAAAUACAGAGAGCACGUGGUCCGUGAUCUCACGCAGCCGCUGUUUAAACCCGACGGAGACGGGCAAACGCCGCGGGUCGUGGGGCUGGUGGGGGCCCCGGGGAUGGGGAAGACGAUGACGGUCAGGAAGGUGAUGGUGGAGUGGGUGGAAGGGACUCAAUAUGUGCAGUUUGACUACGUCUUCUGCAUCGACUGCAAAGACAUUGCCUUUACCAAGGAAGCGAGCGUGGCAGACCUGGUCUCAAAGUGCUGCCCUCACAGGCGAACGCCGGCUGGGAAGAUCCUGGAUGACCCGAAGAAGAUCCUGUUCAUUUUUGACGGCUUUGAGGCCCUGGGAUUUUCCUUGGUUCAGCCCGAAGAUGAGCUGAGCUCUGACCCCGGGGAAGUGAAGCUGCUGGAAAGCACCCUGAUGAGCCUGCUGAAGAGGACUGUUCUCCCCGAGUCCUCCUUGCUCAUCACCACGAGGCCAAUGGCUCUUCAAAGCCUGGGACGAAGCCUGGAGGCUGAGUAUUACGCAGAAAUACUGGGAUUUUCAGCAGCCAUGAGGGAGGAAUAUUUCCACAGGUAUUUUCAGAACAACAGUAAAGCUGGUGCGGCCUUCAGGUUUGCCAGAGGCAAUGAAAUCCUCUACAGCUUGUGCGUCAUCCCGGUCAUGAGCUGGACCAUCUGCACCGUCCUUGAACAAGAGCUUUACAAGAAGAAAAACCUCCUCGAGUGCUCUAAGGGCACCACGCAGAUGAGCGUGUCUUACCUCUCCCAGUUAAUGCGGUGCAGAGGCAGGGACAACCUGCAGGACCUCCAGCAGUUCCUACGCAAGCUUUGCUCCUUGGCUGCCAACGGUGUCUGGAAGCACAAGGUUCUCUUUGAGGAGAAGGAAAUCAAGGACCGUGGCUUGGACCAGCCAGACCUCCUCCCCCUCUUCCUCAGCGAGAAGAUCUCAAAGAAAGACGCAGGCCAUGGGAACGUGUACAGCUUCGCCCACCUGCACCUCCAGGAGAUCUUCGGGGCCAUGUUUUAGGUUCUGGAGGACGAUGAGGAAACGGCCGGCGACUCGGGGGCUCUCACAAAGGCUGUCAAUAUUUUAUUAGAAAGCUAUACCAAGUCCAGGAAGGAUUUGAACUUAACGGUGUGGUUCCUGUUUGGUCUGGUAAGCCAGAAAUCAAUUGAGUAUGCGGACGAAACCAUGGGGUGCAGAAUUUCACCGCGAGCCAGGGAAGAUAUGUUGAGGUGGCUUCAGGGGAGGCACAGAGGCAUCUCCCAUCCCAGCCAAGUGCCGAAGGUUUCGGAGUUGGACACUUUCCACUUUUUGUUUGAGAUGAACGAGAAAAGCUUCGCACAAAGCGCAUUGGGUCAUCUCACUGACAUAGACUUGGAGGACACCAAGCUGACCCUGUACGACCAAAUGGCCCUUUCCUUCUGCAUCAGGCAGUGGGCUGGGCUCGUCACGCUCCGGGGAUGCUCCUUCCUCCAGCAGGAUCCCGGCUGGCCAUGA